UUGUCCCGGAAGUCUCUCGGGCUUCUGUGUCUGCAUAUAACCGACGCUAUGGCACCUCUGAUCCAGCCCGCGCGGGGAUUUUCUUGCCGCCAACAACGUUCACUCACGCACAUGCAAUGAUUUCUCCCAACCUCGCAGAUGCCUCGCACCAAGUUUUACUUUCUCACAACCGCGCAUAUAGUGACCUUUCUACGCAUAUACCCGUACCAAAGCUCAAUAUGAGAUUUUAAGGUGAGUGCCACCUCCGUUUGCUAGCGACGGCAGCAAUGUAAGCGAUGCUUCUUUACAACACCGCCUACAAUGACCUGCACUCGACAUUCAUAGAACUUGCAAGCAAACUGAAGACAUCCGCUUCAUCGUCGGCUAAUCCUUCUGUUACAUUGCAGCCUCCUUCAUCUUCGCUUUUUACAGCUGAUAACCACCCGCCGAAGCCUUCAGCAGGCCCACACCGGCCAUACGAGAAGAAGGACUUCCCAAAAGUCAAAUAUUGGAUCAGAAAGUCUUGGACUGAUCGGAAAAUCAAUGCAAAUCGCAAUGUUGCUCACAGUGUUGUCAAUGCCGUCAACAACAAGUAUCAAGACGACAAGAGUAGCAAAGAAUCUGACUCCGACGACGACAACGAUGAGGACGAUGACGACUUCGGCUCAGACUCAGACAAUGAUGACACCGACAAAGUGGUCCCAGAAUCUUACCAGUACCUCGAGGAUCGCAAAGGCAAGCCCACCCGUCAAUCAAGGCGAAGGAGAUGCGAUCAUUUGCACGGGCAAUAUGGCAUCGACUCGCGCAGAGAGGGAGGGCUACGCCAAAGUUUGGAGCUCUGGACGCAGAAUCACUCACGUUCUACCGGAAUGAGAUGGAGAAACGAUUUGAUGAGCUGCGCCUCUGCAAUCAUCAUUGGAAGGUUGAGAUGCUUGCGACGAUGACGUAUCCAUCGUUCUACACCUAUAAUGUCAAAUCCAAGGUCCAGAAGCAACCCGCGAAGCAGAAACAUGGGCGAAAGGACACACCGAAGGCUCGCACUUCAAAGCGCCGCAAGUCUGCCGG